AUGGAACAUGAUACUUUGGACACUUCAACAAACAAUGUAGAGAUUCAUUGUGAAAGGGAAGCUUUAGCUCGCCUUGGCGAGGAGCUCAAACAAACGCAAAGUAAAUUUGAAGAGUGGAAAGUAAAAGCCAAGAUAGGGGUCGAUCACCUUCGCGAGCGAAUCGUGCAGCUGACGACUCAAUUGGAGGUCUCUGAGUCCCAACGCCAGGCACUAGCACUUUCGCUCGACAACUUACGAUCCUCAAAGGACGGCGAUGACGAAUGCCCGAGGGGGUUGGGAAUCCCUUGUACUAUAGGCUGCCUGGCAGCACUCGAGCGGGAGCGCGUGGUCGGCGAAUCCCUCUUAACGGCCUGUGGGGAAAAGAUGGAGGUGCUUUGGCUGGGGCUGCUUUCCCACCCCCAACGCCAAUCCCCCUCGGAGGACAAGUUGGAGCUUUACAAACGGCGCGUGGCGACGACGAUGAAGCUACAGCAAAAGAACGCCGAGGCCCUGCAAACGCAGGUCGUGGAGCUGCAGGAAUCGCUUCGGCUCGCGGAGAAGGAGCUCCAGGCGCGCGCGUCGGGGCUUCUCGCCAAGGAGGAGACCAUCUCCCUUCUGGAAAAGCGCCUGAGCAGCGUCGAGCAGGUGAACGAGGAGCUCCAGCGGCGGUCCGACGCGACCUCGCGGGGGCCGAAUAUGGAUCGAAUCAACGCGAUGGAGGAGAAGAUGGAGCAGCGAAUCAACGCCCUCUGCGCGGAGUUCGCGCUUCACGAAAACACGAUUGUCAUGCAGCACCACGACGAACUGGAGCGGCUUCAAUCGACGCACGAGCGGGAGAUGGAUGUGGUCCGUCAAGAGGCGGAGGAGCGAAUCGCGCGCGAGAUCGAAGCCGGGCUGUCCUUCCCUAAACAACCACCCUCGCUGCUGUCUAUGGCGGCAUCCCCUCCGGACGAUGCGUCCUAUGGGGAGCUUCUGAAAGAAUUCGAGGCCCUUGAAAGCCAGCACCGCGCCCUUCUGAACGAAAAUACAGAAAUGAAAAGCAAAAUGCAGAAGUUGAACUCUAGUAAUGAAGCGGAAAGAGUGAAUAACGGUAAAGCAUCCUCAGUCACAUGUUAUCAACACAACCCCUCCUCUCUCGCGGAGGCCAAUGUAGUGAUCCAAAAACUCCAGGAAAGCCUAACAACCACUACCGAUCAGCUUUGGCGAGCGAAAAAAGGCUUGAUAAACGGAAAGGUGAAUAAAUUCUUAGAGGGAGCUCUCGAUUCGCAGCAAGUGGCGUAUUUGAAAUCCAUAAUUGUGAAUCUUUUGUGCAUGUGUAAUAAUAGUCCGACCAUAGCGAAGCUCCUACCUGUGAUAAGCAAGCUGCUUCAGUUCAAUAAAGAGGAUAUGGACACGAUAUAUAACCACAAUCUUGAUUGGAAGCGCGGGAAAUAG